GCUAAAUAAAAUAAAAUAAAAUGAUAAUCUUUGUCUUCUUAAAGAUAAGGAUCUCUCUCUCCCUCCCUGUAAUUUCUAUCCAAUGACCCAUUUAUCUCUACAGUAUCUUGUAUCUAUAGGUUAUAUGUAUACCCUCUGUAUGUAUCGUCUUGCUCGUGCUUAACAGUAGCGAAACCAUGUCGAUUGCGCUGAAGGGAAACAGUUCGGUCGAUCUAGGGAUCGAACGGUCGGGAUUCGUGCACGGGAUGAAGUGCAUCCCGAUCUAUGAGUCGCCGGAGUUUUCGGUCGGAGACGGUGGAUUUGCGGCGAAGGAGGCGGAUUCCGACGAGCAGACCUCGUCGUGCACUUCGUCUAUUGGCAGGAACAGUGACGAUCUGCAGGUCGGGAGGUCCCUGGAUGCGGCGGACGGAGAUGGAGAGGAAGUGCAGAGCUCGUUCAAAGGCGGAGUUCUGGACAGUCUGGAGGCUCUGGAGGAGGUUUUGCCAAUUAAGAGAGGAAUAUCAAACUUCUAUGCUGGCAAAUCUAAAUCUUUUACAAGUUUAUCACAUGCAGCUUCUUCUUCCUCUCUCAAUGACAUUGUCAAGCCAGAGAACGCAUACACAAGAAAGCGCAAAAACUUGCUUGCUCAUAACAACUUCUUUAGUAAGAAUCAUAAUCAAAACAGUGGUGGUGGCCUAUACAAGAGACCUACCAACUCUAGAAGCUCUUUGGCUCUAGCUGCAACUCAGGAACGUUUUCCUCUUCCUUCCCAAGCACGGAGAAGUGGCGUUGAGUCCUCCUCCCCACCUACUCCUAAACAGAAGUUCUGUGGCUGGCGUUCUUUCUCCUUGUUUGAUCUGCAAGGUGUUGGAGAUGGAACUCUCAACCUCACUGGCACAAAGGAAUAGAGCAUAAUAAAAGUUCCAUUUUUUUGUGUCACCUAUGAAACUAAUAUAUGUACUCUAGAUGUUCAUGGAGGUGGGAAUAUUUUCCUAUCUGGUUAGUGCUUUUACAGCAUGCUGUAGCUAUGUAUCCAGUUAUUCACUGCUCAAGUCAUGUACAUCAUCACCAUCCUUUCAUAUGUAAUUUCAUCGUCUACUUGUAAACAGUUUUAGCUUCUUCUUUUUGCCUUUGGCUGUUGUAUUUGUAUAUAUAAGUUCAUUUGGAAUACAAUUCCCUUUCUUCCGUGAAUUUGAUCUCUUAUUUGGCGGUGGAUUACUCUAACCCG